AAAUUAUGUUUAAAUUUUCCAGAGAGUAAUACGUUUCAUGCCCCCCCCCCAUAUCAGCUUUUCUCCAUAUUUAAUGGUUAACAUAUAGCUACAAAUAGUUAAAAAGUUUUUAAUUUCAACUUUUUUGUUUCAAGUAAAUUAUUGAACUUAUUUCAAAUAUAUUAAUUUAGCCAUGUUUACUGAAGGUGGUUCUACUUUAACAACCUUCUACUGGGCUCAGUUUGUUAAAAACUUUACAAAAUAAAAUGUUUCUAAAAUUACUUGAAUUCUGGAGAGCAGUAAAUGUGGUGAAAACUCUGGUUUUUAUAGGGCUAAUUCCUGUUCAUGAAGAUGUCAAUGGACAAUUAAAGUUUAAACUUGUAUCUUGGAAAACUGCUGUGGCAUUUACUUUUCAUAGUAUUAUUCCAACCACCUGUCAUAUUGUUGGAAAACUAAUGUUGUCAUUCCACUUUAAACGACUGGAACAAUCAGCUAACACGAUAUCAGAAAUAGCAAAUAUUAUUUACAUUAUUCAAACAAUAGUGUUUUCUUUGAUAUGUCCAAUUCUUACAGCUAACUUGGUAGAAAAGUCUAAGAUGUCUUUAAAUAGAUAUAAACUUUCCAGAAUGAUUUGGCUAAUGGUAUACACUACCUUAAGCAUCAGCAUAACUGUACUUCACGUUUACGAAACUAUUAAAUCUGGAAUGAAUAUUGCAAUCCCAAUUCUCUAUACUGCCUUCUAUACCCUUCACACGAUAGGGAUUGUUAGUGUCAUGCUGGUAAUCACCUUAGUCUCUUCACCAAUUAUUGAUGAGGGCAAAAAAAUAGAAGUAACUGAUGUUGACACUCUUAUCAUGAAAUCAGUAACGUUGGUUGAGAAAACCAGGAAUAUUAAGCAAGGAUUUAGUCCUAUUCUCUUCUCCAUUCUUUCAGGUGCAAUACUAUACAUCCUGUUGUACACUUUCUUGGCUGUUAAAGAACUUAUGAGGGGAAACCACAGGUAUCUUCCAGCUAAUGUGCUUGGUGUCCUUGCCAUGCUUCUUCUUGUUUUCUACAUUGUAAGCUUCUGUGAUGAUGUGCAUCAAGUUUUAGCAGUAUUUAGUCAUAAACUCAGGUAUCACUUACUAACAUUUUUGAGUCUUAACUGUAUAAUUUCAACAAGCUAAGCCCAGUUGUCUAGCCCGUUAACUGUAGGAUAAUGGUGCCAGAAAAUGAUACCUUUCCCCUAAUUGAGUAAGAUCAAAAUUACAAAUUUUCCCCCUCAUUGACAAAUUUUCAUCUUCAUUGGAAAAUUUUCCCAAUCAAUUCUAGAUUUUCCCUCCCAAUUGGCAGGUAUUUUUCAAACCUGCUAGAGUUUCCAUCCUAUUCAGAAAAUUUCCCCCCUAAUUUGAAAGUUUUUCCUUUCAAUUGCUAGAUUUUUUCCUUAAUUGGUAGAUUUGUCCUCCCAAUUGGGAGAUAUAUAUCUCUUAAAUUGGAAAUUUUCAAGCCAGGGUUAUAAACCUAAAUUGCUUAUGUUAGAAUCACUUUCGAUCAAAUAUUUAUAAUUGAAGCAGACAAAUAAAUGUUAAAAUCUAGCUUAAUGGCCUUACAGUGUGACGAUGACAAUACAAAUAAACUUCAAAUAGGUAACUUUAAAAAUAAUAAUUUACAACCAAAAAUCAGAUCAUGACAAUGUCAAAUUAUUUUUUAGCUAUUAACAUGCUCAACAUUGAGAAGCCAUUCAAUGCACUUGGACUCUUCUAUGUGGAGAAGACAACCUUCAUGACAGUAAUCAGCAGCUCCAUUGCAUACUUGGUUACCAUGCUCACAUUUAAUUAAUUUGUUGUAACAGCAUUUUUAAGCACUUAAGCACUAGUUGUAUUUACUAAAUAUAGAAAUAUAUGUGAAAAAAUAAGAGAUUUCAAAUCACAAUAAUAAUGAUACAGUUAGUUCUUAAAUGAAACCUCAUCAAUCAUCAUGGCACCCACAAUUUACCAUUAGAUCAAGCUUAGCACACUACCAUGCAACUUUAAGCUUUGAUUUUAUUAACAAAUUAAGAUACACAUGAUCCCUAAUGAACUAAACAAUUUUUUUAAUUAAAGAAUGAUUUCAUUGUACAGAUGAUCUUACUGAACGAUCGUUCAGUGAGAAAACAAACCAUAUUGAUGGAAAAUGAAUGGUAAUUUUGAGAAUGAACAAAAACUCUUCUACAGGCUGAAGGCAACAGUUGGAAUUGUUUUUAUAGAUGUAGAACUAUGUUUGCUAUCAUUCUACUAUGUAAUCUCUUGGGA